UACACCGGUUGUUUGUGCAUGCGUGCGGUAUAUAUCACAGAAAAUAUAUAUCUUUUGCAAAUUGUCAUUGUAAAUAUUAUUAUCAGAAGUAAAUAGUUGCUAAUUUUACGGAAAAUACAGUUGAAAUGUCUGAUAACGAAAAGAAUAUACCAGAGGGAUGGGAGGUACGCACAAGCCGUUCAACGGGUCUUACCUAUUAUUUAAAUGUAUACACUAAAGAAUCCCAAUGGGAUUUGCCUACAGAACCGGCCAAAAAAGAAAUUACCUCUACAGGACCCAGUGAGGUAAGAGCCUCACAUUUGCUAGUCAAACACAAGGGCAGUCGUCGACCCUCCUCAUGGCGUGAAGAGAAUAUAACACGUACCAAAGAUGAAGCUCGUCAAAUAUUGGAAGACUAUCGCAAGCAGAUUGAAAGUGGCGAUGCCACUCUCGAGGAGUUGGCCCAAAAGUUUAGUGAUUGCAGUUCGGCUAAACGAGGAGGCGAUUUGGGCAUGUUUGGACGUGGUCAGAUGCAAAAGCCAUUUGAAGAGGCUGCUUUCAGCUUAAAAGUUGGUCAAUUAUCUAAAAUAGUAGAUACCGAAUCUGGACUGCAUAUUAUUUUACGCACAGAAUAAGUUGCACGCUACACACUAUAAUGCACCACCAACCGCACUUACUAAGAAAAUCAAAAAAAAAAAAAACGCAUUUUAAAAGUAAAGUAAACAUCUUACAACAAAACAAACUUUCUUAACACAAUUUUUAACUACAUUUGAAAAUUGAAAAUACUAUUAUUAAUUAAUUUACUCCUAAAGUUUUGCAUUUUUAAAAUGAAAAUGAUUAUUUAAAAACCAAUUAAAUAAAACUAUUGAUAAAUUGUUUAA